UUCAUAUGAUACAACUCUGCCCACCAUUUCCACAAAGUGUGUUCUGGAACAGCCUGCCUUUUAGAGUAUCUCCAUCCUGUGAAGGGCCAAGCUGUAAAGAUGCUGCAAAUGACAGACGUUUUGGAUAUCUUGAAGAAUCCUCAGCUCUUCUGUCUACGUGAUCAAGAAGAGAAUCCAGAAACCAUCCCCAUAAGAAAUCCAGGGGCUCUGAAAGUUUCUCAUCAAAAGUUUAGGGAUUUUCAAUAUCUUUUAGUGACCGGGCCUCACCAAGUUGUGAGCCAAAUCCAGGAGCUCUGCUGGCAAUGGCUGCAGCCGGAGAUCCACACCAAGGAGCAGAUGAUGGAGCAACUGGUGCUGGAACAGUUUCUGAACACCCUACCAGAGGAGGUUCGGACCUGGGUGAGGUCAAAAAAGCCUAAAAACAGCAAGGAGGCAGGAACCCUGGUGGCCAGUUUGAUCCAAGCAUAUGGGGAGAAAGGUUUCCCUCCUCAGGACUUUGUCCUUGAAGAAGAGAGGAACACCAAAGAACACCAAAAAGACACAGAGAUGUCUGAUAAUCCCUCAUCUGCUGGAUCCCAGGAGUUGGUGACUUUCAAGGAUGUGGUUGUAGACUUCAGCCCGGAGGAAUUAACCUACCUUAGUGCUGCUCAGAAGAACCUCUAUCGGGAGGUGAUGCUGGAGAAUUACAGGAACCUGGUCUCCUUAGGGUACCAGUUCUCUAAACCCGACAUUAUCUCACAGCUGGAAGAGGAAGAGUCACGUGUGAGGGAGGAAGACAGCAAUGCAGAGAUAUGUCAAGAUGGGGAGAAAAGACCUAAAACCAAAGAUCUAAGUCCAGAGCAAAGCCUGCCUAUGGAAGUGUCACCCUUGGGGGCAGGAAUGGAGGAUCAGAUGGUAGGUAACUUCUGCAGUGUCUAUGUAGGAGAGUCUUCUCCCAAUGGUCCAUCAGAUUUGUACCAGGUCAACCAGCAGAAACCUUCAAGUCCUGUAACAAUGAGUGAGCCCAAGACGCCCGCUCAAGAAAGAAGCCAUGACAGUGAUGAUUUUGAGAGAAGCUCAGAUCUUACUAAACAAUCAGAAGGGUCUCCAGGAAAGGAUCCCCAGGAAUGUGCUAUUCCUGGAACUUGCACCAGUCCCCAGCUGGUGGAUGAUGAGCCUUUCCUCCAAGAGAACAGAUGUGGAUUUUGCGAAAGAACUUUUAUUACCCAGACAGCUCGUGAGAGACAUGAGCAGAUCCAUACCAGGAAGAAACCCUUUGAAUGUAAACGAUGUGGAGAAGCCUUCUACCUCAUGCCACACCUCACCAGACACCAGAGGACUCAUUCCAGUGAGAAGUCCUCUAGAUGCAAUGAAGGUGGAAAGUCUUUGAUUAAGCAUGCAAGUAUCUGUGGCCGUGUAAGAAUUCAUAGUCAGGAAGACUACUAUGAAUGUUUCCAGUGUGGCAGAGCCUUUAUCCAGGAUGUGCAUCUUUUUCAACAUCUCAAAGCCCAUGAGGCAGCAAAAGCCCUCCCACCUGGGUUGCCCCGUGUUAAGACGUAUUUAAUUCGCUAUCAACGGAAACAUGACUAUGUUGGAGAGAGAGCCUAUCAGUGUUGUGACUGUGGCAAAGCCUUCAGUCGGAGUUCACAUCUCAUUCAACACUACCGAAUUCAUGCUCAAGAGAGGCCUUACCAGUGUCAGCUGUGCGGGAAGUGUUUCAGCCGACCCUCAUACCUCACUCAACAUUAUCAACUCCAUUCUCAAGAGAAACCUGAUGAGUGCAAUUAUUACUGAAAACCUCCAGUCAGAGAACAUUCUCAAUAUCUUUGGCUCCAUCCUGGAGAGAGACCGAGUGCUCUGAAU